AUGACGACUCCAGACCUAUUUACAACUGUGGGCUUUGAGAAAAGCAAGAUUGGCGCCAAUGAAACCGAGUUGGGCUACGCGAUCAAAAGGACUCGUUUGAUCGGGCUGAUGGUCGGAAGCAUCGGCUGCAUUGGCAUCCUGGCGCUCCUGGGAGUGUGGUCACAAUUCGAGAUCCACCUCGAAAAGCGAGCUCUUCAUAAAGACCUCCGACGAGAGGAGCACCAUGCAGCAUCCAAGCUGGCCCAGGUUGGAAUGGAACUGUGGUCCGAAUAUCGAGACGACAUCCACGAAUCCCACGAGGCCCAGAUGCUCAUGAAGCUCUUGAACUCCUCCUACUCAAAUUUUGAGGCCAAGGUCAAAGCUACCGUGGAUGCGACGUCCAAAGAUCUGGGCCUGAACAGUGACAAGGCCGCAAAGCUGGCUGAUUCAGUUCUGCGUUUGGUCGCAGAUCAGCAAAAAGCAGGGAUCAAGCACACCAAGAGGCUAGUGGAUCACCUUGUGGAAGCGGGGAAGCGAGCUGUACCACUGGAAAAGAGGGCUGAAAAAGAGGUGUUUCAGGAAGUCCAAGCCGAAGAAAAACUCAUAGCAGAGGACGGCGGAAUGGAUUUCGGCGAUGCCCUGCCGCAAGGCGGAAACCUUUCAGAGCCAGAAGACCCUUUGAAGGGCAUCCUGGAAGGCUUCUUCUGGAUCUUCAACGAUUAUGAAAGGGAGUUUUCCGGAAAGCCGCGACAGCUACUGAAGCCCGGCAACAAAGCCUUUGACGCGCUCCUUGCGCUGGAUCAAAAAAUGGAUGAUCUCAGUGAAGGUGAAGUCGCUGAAGAGCUGGACAAGGUUGAUCUGGAUGCCGUGGGAGCGGGCCUUGGCUCUGGCCGAGUGCUUCCAGCACGUGACAUUGUGGAGGAGUUGUUGAUGAUUGGCAUCAUUCCACACACAGAGUUGCGGGAACUGGAGGAGGCCUGGAAAGCAGGAAAGGAGGACUCGGUGUCAGUCUUCGGGAAGAUCUCAGCUGAGGAGGUGGAAGUUGAGACUCCUUCCAAAGGAAGGAGGCGAAAGCCAUGGCAGGUUGUGGCGGUGGUGGAUGCAGAGCCAGAGGAAUCCAGGUGGGAAAACUACAUGCCGGGUAUUGCAGUGGUGUCGAGUGAGCCAGCAUUCUUGCAUUGUUUUGGCGCUUCAGACAAGGAGGAUAUCCUAUGCCUGGACAACUGGGAGCAAGAGCAAUUGAACCUGGCUUUAGAAGUGUCUUCCCAGCAGAGCGCGGAAGCCAGAGAUGCUCUCAUUGUGAGCCAAGCUGCUGUUACCGCCCGCUUGCAGCCGCUGGGUUUAGAGAGGUUGUCUACUCCUAUGGAUGGCAAUUGCCAGUUUAUCGCACUCGCAUUUUCAGCCAAUGCUCCAAUUCUACAUGACCAGCUCAGACAACAGAUUUGCCAAUAUAUGCUCGCAAUGAAAGACUUUUUCGGAUCCUUGUUCGACCUUCGCUGGGGCAACUUCGAGGCAUAUGUUGCGCACAUGGAAGUGGAUGGCUCCUAUGGGGACGAAUGCACAUUGCAAGCAGCAGCGCAUUUGUUCCUCCGGCCAGUGCAGGUCAUUGGGGAAAACCCAGAGAUAGAUCGCAAGUUUCUUCCUCCAGAGUCAGUUUCGGAGGAGAUUUGGGGGCCAGAGGUCGUACUGGCCUAUGUCGCUUGGAACCACUACGAAGCGACUGCUGCCUUGGCAAACGUCAAGACCCAGACGGGCCCCACGGACCAUGAGCUACGCAGCCGUUACUCUGGCGAGACCUUUGAUGUCUGCUACUGUGACGGCGACUGCACCACCUCAUCCAAUUGGUUCAAGGUGGGUCAGCUUCGCUUUGCACCCUUCCAACUGGUGAGCAGUGUGUCCAACACCUCAGUCUUGCAAGAGGAGUUCAUCAUUGAGUACAUGAAUAUGCCUGGCACCUUUGGCUUCUAUCGCCCAUGGGUAGACUAUGGAGUGAUGGGCUUGCAGGAAGGCGGUGCCCUGAAGCUGGUCUCAGACCCUACUCUGACCUUGACUGAUGCGGGCUGUGUCACUGCCCCGUAUGAUCGAACGCUGGUGGAUCCCAACACUCUCACCUCGCAAAAUGCUGGCCAAGCCUAUGCUGGUACAAUGGAUCCUGCCAAAGAUGUGAACAAGCUUAUGUUCAAUGGCGGUCAAGUGGCAACGGCCAUGACUGUGAUUAAGGCUGGCUUUAUCUCCGUCUGCUACUGCGCGCGGCCGGUACUGGACACUCCAGGGGUCUGUGCACAUGACCAAUGGGUCUUGGUGAAUCGAAUGACCAUUCGAGGACCUGGGCCUGGACAAAGCUGGACAGUCUCGACGAAUGUCGUCUUUCGAAUUGAGUACUUUGGCUGGGGCUUGGCGAAGGAUGACCAGAUCCGUAUCAUCCCAGCUGCAUCAGAGUGCUCGGAUGUGAAUGGAAACCCACGGGCAGCCUGGGGGGUCACCAACAUCAAAGUGGGAUGUCCACAUCCUUGCUCGGAGGUGGGUGAGGUCAAUGCGGUGCUCAACGGCGACAUUUCGGUUGGGGUGCUCUCUUCCGAUACCUAUAUGUGCGACAAUCAGAAUGCAGACUGCCGAACCAACGACAUCAAGGCAGUGACGGUCCUAGAUGAGAACACCACAGAGUUGGAAUUUGAGGCCUCGUCAUCUCUUGCCGAUGGUGACCUCAUCACCUUGGGUGAGAACUUCAUUUGUGCUCCGGGACAGUCAAUCAUUGUCUGCAAUGAAGAGCGACUUUCUGUUUUACGGGGGCGCUUCAAUUUGGCCGAUCGCUUGGACAAUCACAACUCUGCGCCAAAUGAGUAUAUCUCUGGUCAUGCAGUGACCGUGAAUCCAACCGACCCGCAGAAGGUGACCAUUCGUGUGGGAUGGCCAGAUCCAAAGCCACACUCGGACAGUCUUGCAAGACCUUUUCAAGCGGACCACUUAACAUUGAGUCUGUACUCUUCACUCAGACCUUCAGGUGCCAGUGUGCAUGAAUCUGGACCUGCUGGGGGCUGGCUGCCACUCCACACAGCUUCAUCUAUGGGACAUUUAGGAGUCCUGCAGCUGCUGCUGGAAAGGAAGGCAGAUAUCCACCAGCCCAGUGGUAGGUUGAGGUCCCAGCCUUUGCAUUUGGCCGCCAAAGAGGGCCAUGCAGAGGUGGUGGACUUCCUCUUGGAACAACAAGCAGAUAUCAACGCCCAAGACGUUCAAUGGCGAACUCCGUUGAGCCUGGCUUGCCAGAAAGGACAACUUGAGGUAGUGGAAGUCCUUGCGACGUUGGGCGCGGAUCUGACCUUGCCAGACGAAGCCUUGGCCACACCCUACGACUGGGCUCUGGCAGGGCUAAGUUACCUUGGGGAGCGCUACGCGACGCUUGGUGGUGUGGCAGAAGUGGUGUUUGCUGGCUUGGGUGGAAAGGCCAUCAGCAGGGAAGAGAUCAUGGGUGAGAAAGAGCGGAUCAACAUGAAGGUUUGCUGGAAAUACACCCCUGCCAUGGGUGCAUCUGGCCCUAUGCCACGCCAUGUUGCCCAGGUGGGUACUUUGACACUUCUGGAUCCCAACUCCAUGAGCGAUUGCUUGGUGAGUCUGACCUCUUUGGUGAAGAAUCAGCAAACACCCUACGCUCCCAUGAUCAUCUCCUUCAGGACUGCUACUGCAGAGACCGGUAAGCGCUACAGUUCACUUCAGGGCCGGAUGCGCUUGAGGAUCUACUUUGUGAGGACGGUGGCUUUGAAGGCCACUUUCACUGAUGGGGCAGCAAUCGAAGAAAAUCAGGGAGAAGACGAGUUGAACGAGGCAAGGCAGUACAUUUGCGGGAAGCUCUUCAGAGAGGUCUGGUCCUCCGACGAGAUCAAUGGCUUCCCGAUGCCCCGAGGCUGCUACUAUCGAACCUAUGGGCAGACACAGGAGCUCAACAUUCUGUUUGGUCGAAAAAACGGCUUGGCACCCGGGAAGUUUUACCAGUUGGUGCUGAGCGGAGUUGCUAUGGACGAGGCUGUUCGCAAUGGCGAGUAUGUUCACAUUUUCACCACGGACGAUGUGGACCUCCAUCCUUACCUGGCUCUGGAAAGAGGGAUUGCACCUUUGUAUCGAUCCCCACAGGACGCCGCCUACGGCUCCCAGGGGGUGAAGUUCGCAGAGACCGAAGGGGUGAAGAUCUCCAGCGGCGAUGGCACAGAGAUGCUAGAGCUGAAAGGUGGUGUUGAGCUUCAUUUGGCAUUGAAGGGUGAUCCCUUGGGCGGAGGCAUCUCAGCGUCCGCUGUCCUGCGGAUCUUCCUUUGGCCUUUGACGCAGUGGAAUGUAGCCAAUGCCUGCACUGUGGCCUGCAUUCCACAUGACCAGGUUUCUGCGCCUUGCGGUGCGGUGCAAGACUGCAAGGGUGAUGCCAUCAUCCCCAACUUCCACCAGAACUAUCUCCGCAUUGUGCUUCCAUCAGCCAUGGCUACCAUCACCGAGUUUGUGAGCCACACCUUAGUCUUCCCCGACCUGGUGCUGCCGCAGGGGGGCUUUUUCUCCACACGCCUAGCAGCACAGAUCUCCAAGCCUGAUGACACGAAGCCGCACUACACGGAAUCUUCUGGAGACUACAUCUACAAGAUGCCGAACCAGGGUGUUGGUGUGGGCAAGCUGGUGGAAUUCUAUGGGGAUGGUGACCAGCGACCCUACCGCGGGGACAAACAGAACGUGCUGUACGCCAGCAUUGUGCUGCCAGCGACGCUCUUUGCAGCUGUCCAAACCGCAGAUGCCCAGCUUAUUCUGACCCUUCCGAUCGGCUACGAAUGCGUGCGAACGCCAGACAUCAACGGCGAGUCGCCAUGGAGAGCAGAGGACACUUUGGGCGUCUUCAUGGAUGAGAUUCCGCAGGGCACGGGAUCACUGGAUGAGGGUGGCGGGACCAGGGGCUGGUCAGUGUCGGAGAACACGUGCGUCUUUACCCUUCGCCAGAAUGCUGUGGUCUAUGCUGGCAGCUCUUUGUACAUCAGGGUAACGGCCAAUAACCCCGAGGAUGCGUUGAAGCGCACGGAUGCCAACAACCGCUGGCAGGUCACGAUGACAAGCAAAGGCUAUCACCAGUACUUUGUCACCUUUCCUCCUGUAAUAUUCAACACGAUCGUGCAGAACUUCAGCUCCAACACUGCUGUGAUGGGAAAGAUCCAGGAUGCCUUGAUCGUGCCAUCAAAUUACAUGUACUCUGAAGGUGGUGUGGUGAUGUCGCAAGGCUAUCUCAACAUCUUCUUCCGUUCUGAGCAGGGGACUGGCGUCGAAGCCUCUGUGCAUGUGGAGGCUCCGGAGGGCUUUUCCUUCAGCCCAAAUCCAUGCCAAGUCACGGAUCUCGAGGAUUCAUACUAUUCCACGCCUGGACAAAUGGGCUCUCCAACUCGUCGUCUUCCAGGUCUGGUCUCUUGUGAACACCGAACACACCCGUACAACCACGCGGCCAUCAAGAUGAUGGGUGCGAUCUUGUCCAAUAGCUACUAUGCCUUUGGACUCUGGGUCUCGAAUGCAGAGGACUACUUAGCAAGCCAGCGCACUGCCUGGAGGAUCUUCACCUUGGACAUGAAUGACUACCGCGUGGAUGGAACUGCCAUGCCCAUUGCGUCCUUGGCUCACACUGCUACAUCCUUGCCGAUGUCUUCAGACUCCACACAAACGAGCUUUGGAUUGUACCGGGCAGAGCUGAACACACCGACGGUGCUCAACGUGCAGGUGUCAGUGAUGAGCACCAUGCCUUACCGACUGUCCAUGGCACGCACUACUGUGACGAUCCUCCCGUUGCGGGUCAUCGAGCGCAUUUCAUCGACGUUGAGGGUCACCUCCCCGUUUGGGUACGACUGGGAUUUCCAGGAUUCUGAGUUCCGCCACCUUGCCCUAUUCCCGAAUGCGACGCAGUCCCUUGUGCUACUGGGAACCAAUGCGGAUCUGCCAGGCGGUUAUCCACUUCGACAAGGAAACGUGCUCCUUUGGAACCAGGAGAGCCUGUAUUGGCCAAACGAGACCUAUGGGUUUCAGACCUUCAUUCGAGUACCUGAUAGGACUCCGACGGCUUCGCCGAAUGCCUUCAUCUUCGAGUUUGGCCAUACGCCUUGCGCCGCCCACAGCCGUGUAGCGGCCGCCACGGAGCAUUGGGAGGAGCACCAGCUGGAGCGAUGCAUCUUUGCGUCCCUGGAGCCAGAGGCGCUCACGGCCUGCGGCUCUGCAUGUAGGGCCUUCGCUCGGCUGCUGGAGCCCACGCGCUUGGCGUGGCGACAGGCGUUGCGCCGCACGGGAGCCUUGGGGGUGCGCCAGGUCGAUGGGCUCCUGCUGGUGCAGUGGCCAGGUCUAGAGGUCCAACUCCCAGAGGCCGAUCGCUUCUCGAAGUCUGAUUUGAUCGCCUUGCCCUUGGGUGCCAGACCAUCCACUGAAGCUUUACCAGUGCAGCAGUGGCCCAAUGUAGACUACCGACUCAUCCUGAAACAACUGAUUCGCUGGCCGACCUCUCCCACUACUGAGAGUCCAGAGAAGCUGCUUCCGCUCUGCCCGCUUUGUGCUGGGGUUGCCUUCUACCAAGGAGCAGGCUUCACGCGAUCUGACAUCGCGACAGGUUGGCAGAGCUUCAUGCUAGGAAAUGUGGGAUCAUCCCAACAUCCGCUCCUUAGCACGUUGCUGGCCAACAUGGGAGUCCCUGCCCAUUUAGCACCGCAAGUGCUUAUGCAGCUACGUCCCAGCAGUGAUUUCCAGGCCGAGCUGGAACAGCAGCUGGAUGAGGUGCCUGGCCUUGAACUUCGCCAUGAGGAAGCCCAUGUCAUCGAUGGCUUUGGGACCUUAUGGCGUGGGCGCAGCUCCAUGGCGCAGAACAUCAUCAGCCUGUCCCUUCCUUGCCAUCGCUUGUGUAUCUCAGGGAAGACCGUAACGGAGUUGGGAGUGGAGACCUUCUUCUGUGAACAGGUGAACAAGACCGCCAACACAUCACGAACUCGCGUGGGGAGGUAUUUGGACGAUCAACCUGCUCGGAUGCCACGUGCACAUGUGUUUGGGCUGUGCCACAAGCCUUUGUUAGAAGACUUGGCUGCCAUCCUGACCUCCCAGCCAAGCCCUUCCGAGCCCUGUCCCUUCUGCGGCGCUCAUGGCUUCCUACUGCGGUCAGAGGCAGUGAGCCUUUUGGAAGCCGAGACCGGUGGUGAAGAGACGGACAAGUCAACACCCUUCCACGGGAGUUUGUGGCUUUGCGGAGAUCACUUGUGGGGCUGGAGGAGUCGCCGUGCUGGAGUCCCUGUCCCGGCGACAGAAGUGCGAGCAUUAACCAAUGCCGUUCUGGAAUACAAGACGAACGUCGAAACCAAGGUCAAUACAAUCACCUUCCAGAUCCAGACCGUCACGGAGGUUCAACAAGGAGGCGGAAUCAUCAUCGAAGGGCCCUUGGGGUUUGAAUUUCCGAACCCUUGUCAACCCCAGGCUGCAUCGAUGGCAAGAGGAUCGACUUAUCAAGUGGAGCCCAUGGUCUCCAAAGUGAUGAGUUUGCCGAUGGAUGUGGCCUGCACCUUCCAGAUGGGCACAGCGCCGAUGGGACGGUCAGUCAUCAGGAUAGCUGCUGGAGCAUCAGGCAUGGCGCCUGGGCUGUAUCGCUUCCAGAUCUUGGGCAAAAAUCCAUCGACUGUGAUGCCAAACCCCGUUGACAACAGCAAGCCCUGCAUGCGGCAGCACUGCUGGGAUUUCCACUCACUAGAGGAUCUCAACAACAUGAACUCACGCCUGGACGCCAUGAUCAGCGUGCCAUCCUUCACCAUCAACUCUAAGAUGGUCGAGGCGCUCCUCCCGACCAUCACCCGGGAACAGCAAGCUGCAAGUCUGCGGGAUGACCGGCCCAACAGCCGAAACCCGCUGAUAUUUGCGUUCAAGUUGGCGAACACGGUAGUUCUGCCUGCAGACAUGCUCGUCAGGGGGCCUUUGGGGACGAUCUUCCGUGAAGACUGCGGGGAGGAUGUGGAGGUGCGUCCCAAUGAGGUCUUUGGCACUGGCCAAACUUUGCCUUCGGAGUAUGCUCAGUGGCCGCAGGGUGUUGCAGUGGUGAGCUGCAGAGGGGAAGGACCAGAUGCAAGGAUCUUGAUAGACCCGGGAGUCAGCGACGGUCUGUUGAGGGAGCUGUUCUACCCGAUCCGGGUAGCACCGCUGCACAAUCCAACGACACAGCCUCUUGACAACCAGUGGACCCUCGACUUCAAUGGCGAAUCCUCUGAUCCCUUCGAGGGUUUUAUGCUGUGGACCUUCACCAGGGCGUCCUUGUUGACUGCGACUACUGGGCGAUCCACAACGGUCACAGGGGAACCGUUCUUUGUGAACCCUGUGUGGCACUAA